AUGCUCUCGCCGCUUGCGUCUCUUCUAUUGCUCGGCGCUCGUAUCGCCUCCAGCCAAUUGCUGACGCUCAUGGGGCCAGACUGGAACGCCACCGAAUGGGCCUGGCAAUCCUCUGUCGUCGUUGACAACUCGCUGUUUGUCAAUGGUGGUGAAUUCUUCAAUCAGGUCAACCCGCCAAAGCCAGCAGUCCAGCCGUACGAGGAAUAUGGCACCGUUUGGAUUGACUUGUCGUCUUCCUGGACCAAUGCCAGUCUGAGCAACUAUGUCUGGACGGUCCCUCCGAAUCUCCCACAGGGCUGGUACACAAACUUUUGGCACGACCCAGUGGACGAUCAAAUAAAUGCUUGGGGAGGGUGGCUGGUAAACAGCUCGCAUCAGUCGAGUCUGUUCUCAAUGACGCAGUUCGCCAACGAUACUGUCAGCUGGACCAUAGCUCCUUCUCCUGACGAAAAUGGACUGAGUAUCAAUGCGACUGCGCCCUUCGGGUGUGCGUCGGCGUCCUCAAAUACAACAUUUUAUUGUUUGGGCGGCGCAAACGUUGGAAACAACGCGGUCUACCCAUACACUCAUCCCACCUUUCUCCCAAUACAAGGACUAGUACAGUACAAUUUUAGAAACCAGACUUGGAGCAACAUUUCCACCCCAGGCACAGCCUCGGCCGCGUACACUAUCGGAGCUCGUGCCGCGCAUGCUUCCAACUUUGGCGAUUCUGGAUUUCUUGUCUUCAUAGGAGGGAGUGAGCCUGCUGACCAAACAUUCGUUUACGGGGGCGACGUGCCGUUGGUUAGCAUGGCAAUCAUUACGCUCUUUGAUAUUGCAAGCUCGACAUGGUAUACGCAAGAGGCGACAGGGGAAAUUCCACCCGGACGAAUAGAUUUCUGCUCGGUGGCCGCUGAAUCGCAAAACCACUCUUUCGAGAUCUUCGUCUACGGAGGAGCCACAAACACCACGUACGAUCUAAGUCAUCCAGGCGACGAAGGCUUUCUCAACACUUAUGCACUUUCGAUCCCUGCUUUCAGGUGGUUCAAGUCAAACGAUAGCACGCCUGUGAGACGUGCCGCUCACACCUGUCAGCGCAUCGGAAACAGACAGAUGCUAUCUGUUGGGGGAGUCCAGCCCAGCAGCAAAGUCCAACGAGGUCAAGCUCUUGAUCCGUGGACUAACAGUAUCGGAGUCUUUGAUAUGACGGCAUUCAAGUGGUCAAGCUUUUACGACGCUGAUGCCGGUGUGUACCAGCAGCCGGACGUGAACGCUGACUGGAGAUUUUCUUUCACGCCUCCGCCUCCGCCAUCGUCGUCGUCGUCGACCUCUAGGCCGUCGAAGUCCCACACCGGCGCCAUCGUUGGUGGCGUCGUAGGGGCCGUAGCUGGCAUGGCGAUCUUGGCCGUCUGCGUAUUUCUUUUCUGUCGUCGCCGCCGCCGUAGCCGUAGCCGGGAGCUACAGCGAGUCCAAGCAGAGAGCGAGCAACGUCGUAAGCUAUCCGAGCUCGACAACAUGGGAAAGCCACGAGCCGAGCUUGCGUCGCACAUUCCCGAGCUUCCAUCGUCGAUUCCCGAGCUUGAUUCGUCCUUCCCUGAGCUUCCGUCCUCGUCGACAUCGGAGCUGCGGCAUAAGGCCCAGCACUUCGAGCAAGGCUCGACAGUACGUGGCUAG